CAUACCUAUCCCUAACCCCCUCUCCACGGUCCAACAGCUUUCUUCCCCCCUUUUUUCUUUCUUGUACUUUCCUAUUAUCACCCUCUCACCGUCCUGCCCACAGCGAACUUCCGCAGGCGCCCUUCAAGCGGCGGCCCACCGCCGGAGUUUGACAACCGUUCUCUUCCCCGGGUUGGUGGCUGCUCUUUUUCCGGCCAUCCCCCGUGGCGGCCGGAGUAAAAAACCAAAGAAUGUAUUAGUGCAUAUAAGUUCGACGCCGGAAAAGCAGUGAUAGAAGCAGCAUCAGGAAAAUUCAUUAUGUUAAGGUUGCAUGGGUUACGAAGUCAGGGAGAGUCCGAGUUGGAGAUGGCCAUUGCAAUUAGAUGGGAAUUCAGCACUCCGACUCCAUUUAUAAGGAGUCAUGAGUUUCUUUGGCAGGAAGGAUAUACUGCUUCUGCGACCAAUGGGCUUUCUGGAUUUCCCCGCUAUCGAGCUGCCUGGGAAUACAACGCUAGAGAAUCGUGGGCUAAACUUUGGUGGAGAGUUCUUUUGGAUAUCCGCUGCAGCAUUCUCUCACUUCCCGCUUCAUUAUCACAACCAGAUGACAAACCUCGUCCUGAAGAUCAUUCCGGAGUUUCUGCCAUUGCAAAAUCUCAUUCAACAAAAAUGGUUUUACCCUUUGAGCCACUAAGUCUGGCAAUGAAGGAGCGCGGUUUCACCCAGAAGAAGCUUCAGCUGCUCUGUGACAUAACUGGCGCAUUCAGGCCUGGCGUGCUCACGGCUCUCAUGGGUGUUACUACCGGAAAAACCACCCUUUCUCGACGUGCUUGCCGAGCAUCGACAUAUUUGAGGCUUUUGACGAGUGCAUACCUGGUUUGCCGAAAAUCAAAGAUGAUGGAGGUCAGCUCAACUUCCGUGGAAGCUGAACUCGGCAUAGACUUUCCUGAAAUUUACAAGAAUUGAGUCCUAGCACCAACGCCAUUUGUUAUUUUUUCCCAUUUUCACGUUGGUCCAGUAAGAAAAAUAAUUCUCAUCUGCUCUGCUUUCUCUUAACAUUUUUCUCCUUCUCUCUGUGCAUUUGUUCUAUAGGCAUAAUCAGCAAGGCCUGUUUACUCUGCUUGGAUCCAUGUACUCUUUUUUGCGGCAUAAACAAUGCCUCCUCGAGUCUGUCGUACGUCAACGGAGAACUGUUGUAUUCUCCGUGGGCAUUCAACCGCGCAGGUGAUAGUCGAGAUCCCGUACAUCUUGGCACAGACAGUUGCGAUAACGGCCAUAACCCAUCCAAAGAUUUUCUAUAAUACAAGCACA